AUGGAAGACAGCAGCAGCUUGCCCAAACUCAUCAGCUUCCUAUCCUCACUCCUCGAGCGAGUGGCCGAGUCGAACGAUCUCGGCCGUGGGCCCCACUCUCAGAAGUUGUCCUCUGUCUUUCACGGGCUCACGAGGCCCACCAUCUCAAUCCACAGCUAUUUGCAGAGGAUCUUCAAGUACGCUAACUGCAGCCCAUCCUGCUACAUUGUGGCCUACGUCUAUCUCGACCGCUUCACGCAACGCCAGCCCGACCUCCCCAUCAACUCCUUCAAUGUUCACAGGCUUCUCAUCACUAGUGUCAUGCUCUCUGCUAAAUUCAUGGAUGACAUGUAUUACAACAAUGCAUAUUAUGCUAAAGUAGGAGGAAUCAGCACAAUAGAGAUGAACAUUCUUGAAGUGGAUUUUUUAUUUGCAUUGGGAUUUCAUUUAAAUGUGACCCCAUCAACUUUUCACUCAUACUCUUCUCAUCUCCAAAGAGAGAUGAUGAUCAUGCAGUUGCAGUUGCAGCCUCAGCCUCAGAUCAACCUUUCAGAGGACCCCUAUUUAUUAUAUAACAAUGCUAAAUCGUCGUCGUCAUCAUCAUCGAAUAAAAUUAUCCAUUUGUGUUUUGAUGAAGAUGAAUCAUCAUCCCAUCAACAGCAACAGCAACUUGCUGUUUGA